AUGUAUUUGGAAGACCUGGUUGCGCCGGAAAAAAUUUACGAUAUCAAUGAAACUCCUGAACUCAAAAAUUGGUUUUCACUGAUACGAAGUAUCGAGCAGCCGUUCAAUCGUGAUUUGAAUAAUCCAACAACUUUAAAGGCGAAUUUGAGUUUUGCUUCUAACGAGAUUUCGAGUUCUGUCAGCGACACUGUAAUACCAAAACCAAGCGACGUUCAAAGUACAAUGUCUCGUUCAGGGUCUGAAUCAAACAGCAGCAAGUCUGGCAUAGAAAUAAACCAUUCUGAUUUUCGAUCUCAACAGCUCAACGCUAUUAAGAGCUUGCUUCAGAAUAACGACACAAUUUGCAUCAUGCCCACAGGAGGAGGUAAAUCUCUGAUCUACCAAGUCUUCGCAAUAUAUUCGAAAAAAGUGGUUAUUGUCAUCAUGCCGCUCAUUUCACUAAUUGAGGAUCAGCUUCGACAGUCUUUGAAAUACAACAUUAACGCCAUUGUAUAUAGGUCGAAAGCAGAAUUAAUGCAGGUGUUUGACGAAAACCGGGAACUUGUAAUAUUCACAACUCCAGAGAAACUCGCUAGCUCGGACACUUUGAAAUAUUUUUUAACCAGAUUUAUAGAACAAAACUGUAUUGCAGCGUUCGUCAUCGACGAGGCGCACUGUGUUUCUACUUGGGGAUCGACAUUUCGACCUGAAUAUCGUCUUUUGCGAGAAAGAUUACAGUCAACGACGAUUCCAAAACUUUGUUUGACUGCUAGCGCCACUACCGAGGUUUUAGCGGAUAUCCGCAGCCAACUUGGUUUGAAGAACCCCAGAGAAUUUAUUUCUUCAAUUUGGCGAGAAAACAUUCACAUAAGCGUUGUUUCGGUUAAAAACGAUGCGGAAAUUUUGGAAGUCGUCAGUAACCUUUUGAGAGGCAGAUAUUACAAUAAGGUAGGUAUUAUCUAUUGUUUGUCACGGACUGACUGUGACACAAUGGUAAAAAAACUACAGGCUUUAAAAAUAAAAGCUUUGAGUUAUCACGCUGGCAUGACUGUUACAAAGCGUAAAACGACACAGGCGGCUUGGAUUAAAGAAGAAAUUAAAAUUAUCGUAGCAACUAUUGCAUUUGGUAUGGGAAUUGACAAACAGAACGUACGAUUCGUCAUUCAUACGUCGUUGCCCAAAAGUCUUGAUUCUUACUACCAAGAAUUUGGGCGAGCGGGUCGUGACGGAGAAAAAUCCGAAGCAAUUCUUUACUACAACGAAAAAGAUCGGGUAGGCCAUUAUUGGCUAGAGUUUUAUUCAAAUGGAAAAAGUACGACAACUACCGCUAUUUUUCCAAGCAAAAACUUGCAACACGUACUAGAAUACGUGGUUAACAACCGUACAUGUCGUCAUAGAAUGAUAUCUAAUUAUUUCGGCGAUUCUUUGGGAAACAGAGAUUGUAUGACAAAUUGUGACGAUUUAAUUGCUGAAAGAGUUGUAAAAGGUUUUAAAAAAACUCUAUUAGUCUAUUUAUGCCGUGGGAAGAAUCUUUAUCAAAAAGAACUUCUUAGCAAUCUGCAAAUACAUGUUGCGAACGAUUUAGACCAAACGGGCGAAACAGAAGUGCUUGAGAGCGACCAGUACGAGUAUGAAGUAAAAUUCAAUAGAAAUUUUGAAAAUCAGAUAUUUUAG